UUUUUUAAUUUUAAUAAAAAUCACUGGAAGAAAAUUCUCAGAGCCUCAUGAUCCUUCUCUGAAUAAACAUUAAUCUUCUUAGAUAUCCACUAGUUUUGAGCUCCUUCUUUGUACUUCUAGCUUGUUUUACACAAAACACAUUCUUUUUUAUCAGAGUUAGGGACUUCUUCUGUUGGACAGACCGAGCAUUGGUCUCUGGCAAGAGUUGAAUUGUAGAUACAAAUAUGACUAGCUUCGAUGGUGUGUCAAUCAGAAGAGCAGCCAUCUCCACUUAUGGAAUUUGCAUCAUCUCAAACUUCAUCAGAAACUUGAAUGCUAUCCCCCAAUAUUCUGGGCAAGUAUUUGGACUAGAAAAAGAUAUUAAUCUUUAUUUAAUAAAAAUUGACACUCUGCAGUUCCCUGACCCUUUGUAA